CGCCAAAAGGUGGUGAAGCGUCGCAGGCGUAGGAAUCCGGGAUGUGAUUUUACUGAAUAAAGGGAAUUAUCAGGAUUUUUGUGAUUUUUUUCCUUAAUCGUUUUUUAUCUUCGUACAGCGCGAAACUGACACAUGUGACAACGCACAUGUGUGUGUUUUCUUAAUCCGCGUUUGUAUAGAGACGAAGUCACUGGUGUACAGAUUUAGUUGGGAAAGGAACGGCUAAAAACUACUGAAUUUCGGAAAACAUGGAGACAAGAAGGGAUGGACCCGACUAAACCAAAGUUUCCAAACAAAUUAUUCCAAGAACAGAGGGAAUCAUUUCGCGAGAGGAAACUAUGUGUUGCACAUCCGUUAUGUUUGGAUUGUAUUUAUUACACUUUGAAACGAAGCUGUUUUAAGCAGAAUUCCUGAACUGGGGACUAAACCGCUGCCUCUAGAGCAAACAUCAAACGAUUUGUAAAGUUAUCUCCAGAUUUUGGAGUGGAAAAUAUGGGAAUUCUGGAAGUUGGACUAUGUGAGGAAGGGAUUACAAUGAACGGUUGAACCGUGCGGAUGCUUUAAUCCAUCCGUUGAGUGAAUUUCCCCAGAUUUCCACACAUUGGAAGUGGCCAGGAUACACAUUCUUCUGGAGAAAAAGUCCAUUCAGCGUGUAAGGGGCCUAAAAAGGAUGUAUAUUUAGUUUACAGACUAACAGUAGCGGUUCAAUUGAUGUUGUAGUCUGUACUGUAAACUUUUGGGAUUCUCCGUUUGGGAUUAGGUUCAUUUUAGGAAUGCCGAGUUGGAAGUAUUUCAGUGAGAGAAAUGAAAGAAAACCGUCGAGACGGACGAAGUAACAUUCGGGACUGUAAUAUGAGCGAAGAUCUUUUGGACUGACAGUCUCCUUCAUUCGUAAGGCAACAUAUUAACAAAAGAUUAUUUCUCUGGCUUUAGCCUACUUCCAGCCGUGGUUUGGGAUUGACAAAGACGACUGUAUCCAGUAUCCAGACAGAGGCGAGGGGAAGCCUGUCGUUCUGUGUGAAGGCAUUUUGGCUGGGAAAAUGAUGAAGCUUCUCAGACAACAGAACGCGUUUUGCUUCAUUGAUCAUCUAUGUGUCUGCGUUUAGCGCCGAUUUCCUUCGCUAACUCUUGUGUCCUGUAGGGCUACAGUCAAAUGACUACGGGAACCAACAUAGACAAUCCGUGGAAAUAUAAAACAUAAGCUUGUUACAUUCACGAGGAGACUUCACCAUUCACAUCAAGACGGAACUGUCAAAAUCUAAAAGUGCCACCAGGCUGUUGCUGGUUUUUGCUUAUUAUUAUUUUCUUUCCCCAAAUACAAAGGUGUUUUACUAUGGUAAAAUGCUAAUUGGAUAAGAGCUGAAGAAAAUCAAGAAAGGAAAGCCCAAUGAGCGGCACACAGUCCACGCUUGCUGAGAGGUUUCCCAAAAAAGCGAGCAGGACAGGAAGUAUUCUCAGCAAGGACCAUCCCCCAGACAAAAAACCCAAAAGCGACAAGGCGUCAGUCCCCUCCUCGCAUGAGUUUGACCCCACAGAACUGCCUGUUCAAAGUGUAGUAUCCGACAGAAGGCCAGAGUCCUGCGGGCUUGUGCAGCGUUGUGUUAUCAUCCAGAGAGAUGAGAAUGGCUUUGGGCUGACAGUGAGCGGAGAUAACCCUGUGUUUGUACAGCUUGUAAAAGAGGAUGGAGCUGCCAUGCGAGCUGGUGUUCAGACAGGUGACCGGAUCAUAAAGGUCAAUGGGACAUUAGUUACACAUUCAAAUCAUGUAGAAGUUGUAAAGCUAAUAAAAUCGGGCUCCUACGUGGCCCUAACCGUGCUGGGGAGACCGCCGGGUUUGCCUCAGAUCCCCCUCUCAGACGGCGAGGGGGAGGAGGGGCCUCUCUUCUCGCUCACCAUCCCUCACUCCCCGGGGCCCAUCGGUCCAGACCGCUCGUCUUCCUCCCCCAGCCCCUCGGAGCGCAAACUGAGCCCUCUUCCUGUAUGGGCCAUGACGGAGGAGCAGAGCAGGAACCCUACAACUAAACUACUGAAGGAAAUCCAGGACGCCAAGAAGCACAUUCCACAGCACCAGGAGCAGCUCAGCAAGCCCACUGGGACUGGACAGGAUGGCUCCUUAUCUCCAAGGCCACGAGAAGGAGAGCAGGAGGACGGAAGGCGAGAUUUGGAUCGGCCCCCUUCCUGGCAGGGUGAUGCUGGAAUGGAGCCACCGUGGACCAACAAUACCACAACCCCUGUCACUCCCAGUCCUGUCCCAGAGAGCCCAUGCCAAAGAGAGACCCCCUGCCACAGCCCAAAGACCACACCCCGAGACAGCCUCAACUCCUGUCCUUCACCGGACGCUGAAGACACACCUGACCUUGAUUCUCAGUUGAGUGUGGGGAGCCCCAACUCUCGUCCGGUAGCACACAUCAUUGGUGCUGAAGAUGAAGACUUUGACACAGAGCAGGAACAGAUGAAUGGCCAGUGUAGCUGUUUUCAGAGCAUAGACUUUCUGAAGUCUCGGCCUGCUCACCUGGCAGCUUUCAUCCAUCACGUGGUCUCCCAGUUUGACCCUGCGCCGCUGCUGUGCUACCUCUAUGCUGAACUUUACAAACAGACCAGCUCCAAAGAGACACGACGAAUCCUCAUGGAUACCUUCUUCAUAGACAAAACAGCUAGCUUGAAAGUAACAGUGCCUGAAUCCAUCAUCUCUGACCUGGAACGUACUGCACACUCAGUAAAUGUGGAACGGAAGAGGCCGGAACCAAACUCAGAGGAUGUCCACCGACAGUAUGUGCAGCAACUGCAGGACACACUUCUACCUGACAUCCAGAAGAACCUAGAAGACUUCAGGCACAAGCGCAGUAUGGGUUUGACCCUAGCUGAAGCAGAGCUAACCCGUCUGGAUACAGAGAGAAUGAGAGACCGUGUGGCUCUGGAAAAAGAACGAUCCUGUGCAGAGCACAUCAUCUCUAAGAUAGAAGAUGUACUAUUGUCGUCACAGGCCACAGAGGAAGACAAGUGUAGCACCAUGCAGUUUGUGAUACUGUCGUAUAUGAAGCAGCUCGGUGUAAAAGUGAAGCACAAGCCCAAGCUAAUGAAUCUUUUCCCUAAGAAAAAAAUGAAGAAGCCAGAGAAAGAUGGAAAUGAGGAGAAAUCGAAGAAAACAAGAUUUCCAAAUGUUUUUCCUCAGAGAAGGCCGAGCAGGAUUGAAGCUUCAUCACUCAGCAAGGCUCUGGAGCCGAAGCAGCGUCCGACAAAGCCUCAGCUGCCAUUGGGCGCUGGAGAGCAGGCAGACGGGUCGUCUCCUCCCGUACGGGGCAGUCAGUCCAGUGAGGGCCCAGAUGGCACUGCUGCCCUGGUCACGUUACCCCCUUACAGCGCUCCGGCAGCACAGGGCACAGAGGGCAUCAGCCGAGAGUCCGAGACAGGUGGACCUCCCUUUUCUGCACUUCCCAGACUGGGAGACGGUGUCGUCCCGGGAGAUUCGCAGGACUCGUCUUCUUCGAACACUCACUUUGACUUCAGCCCCUGUACACUGGAGCAUCUACAGGAGGAGGAAGCUGAGACAGAAAAGACGCAGGACACCGGCACCCCCAGGUCUGACAAGAGCAGGAUGGAGCCGCUGGGCUCUGGAGAGGUGCAGAGUGAAGAUGAUCAGUGUGUUGAGCUGGAGCUAGAGCCUCCUAACUGGCAGACGCUGGUGAGCAGAGACGUCCUGUCCACACUUACCAAUCAGGAAAUCAAGAGACAGGAAGUCAUCAACGAGUUGUUCUACACAGAAAGAGCACACGUUCGAAUGAUGAAGGUUCUGGAAAAUGUGUUUUACCAGCCGCUGAUCAGAGAGGCCAUCCUGCCUCCUGCAGACAUCAAAAACGUCUUCAGCAACCUUGAGGAGAUCGUUCAGCUGCACGUGUCUUUAACGGAACAAAUGACUGCAGUUCGGAAGAAAAAUGAGACUGCGCUCAUUGACUCAAUUGGAGAUGAUCUUCUAUCCUGGUUCAGUGGGGAAGAGGAGGCGAAGAUCAAAAGAGCUGCAGGCACGUACUGCAGUAAUCAGCCUUUCGCCCUGGAACUCAUCAAGAGCAAACAGAAGAAAGACCAGCGCUUCAACUCCUUCAUACUGGAGGCAGAGAGUAACCGUCAUUGCCGCAGGCUGCAGCUGAAGGACAUUAUUCCUGUGGAGACUCAAAGACUCACAAAGUAUCCCCUGCUCCUGGAAAACAUCGCCAAAUACACAGAGGAUCCUGAGGAGAGAAGUAAAGUGAAACAGGCUGGCGAAUGCUGCCGAAAUAUUCUCACUCACGUCAACCAGGAGGUGAAGGAAGCUGAGAACAAACAGAGGUUGGAGGACUACCAGAGACGACUGGACCUGUCCUCACUGAAACAGAGCGAGAACCCCAUGAUCGCCGAGUUUAAGAACCUGGACUUGACUAAGAGGAAGAUGGUGCAUGAGGGACCGCUGUCCUGGAAGGUCAACAGAGACAAAACGAUUGAGCUGUACACAUUGCUGCUGGAGGAUAUAUUGGUGCUACUUCAAAGACAAGAUGAGAAGCUAAUCUUAAAAUGCCACAGUAAGAAUCUGGCGGGCACCGCUGAGACCAAACACAUCUUCAGCCCCAUCAUCAAACUCAGCACUGUGAUGGUGCGCUCCGUCGCCACCGACAACAGGUCAUUCUUUGUGCUCUCUAUGUCUGAUAAUGGAGCCCAGAUCUAUGAACUAAUGGCCCAGACUGUAUCUGAGCAGAAGACGUGGCAGUUUCUGAUAACACAAAGAGCAGAUUGCAUGAAGACCAAACUACUCAACAUCAUUCCAUUACCUCAGACUGAUGGGGAACGGGAAGCGGUCAAGUUGAUGAACUCUGGUGUUCAGAAACUAAACAAAGACUCUGAGCCUAUUUCUUUAGUGAGCAUUCAGCCUCCAGAAAAAGAUUGCACUGAGGUCAUGCCAGCCCCACCAUGUAGCACCAACCCAUUUGAGACCAAAUCUGAUGAGGAGGAUGAAGAAGAAAAUUCACUACAGGAUCAAGCUGAGGAUGAUGAAGCGUUCGAGGCGGCCGAUGUGACCGAUCGACUGAUAUUCCUGAAGCAGCGCUCGAGGCUGGGCAUCGCCAUAGACGAGGACGAGGCCUUUGAGCUCCAGCCACUCAGAGCUGAUGAAGCUCUCAGAACACUGGCAACAUUGAGGCAGCUCCUGAUCAACCAUAUGUCCAGUCAGGAGGACACAGACAGAGAUGGCGAAAGACGAGAGCAACAGGAAGAUGUGGCUAGGACUGGCUCUCAGCAGGGAUCAGAGGACAGCACUGCGAUCAGCUCCACUGUUGCGAACGGCUCAGAAAGGGGCGAGAACAGAGGGGAGAAUGCACAGGAACUGCCCUCCGGAGACAGAGGCUUCUUUGAGACGUCUGAGGAUUGUGUCUCCGCAGGCAGUUACAUGGUGCUGGAGGUGUGUGGCGGCUCAGGCGAGAGCAGCACAGAUGAUGAGGUGCAGGGCAGCAGCGGGGAGCCAGUGGCCGGGGGAGACUCAGGCAUUGACUUGAAGAAGCUCCUCUCUUCCUCCUCUCAGAGCAGCGGAGGACCAAACCUCAACAGACGGAUCAUGACACACAUACGUCUACUACAGGCCAACCUGCAGCAUCUGAAGGAUACAGAAAUCAAGUAUAAUCAGCUACGCCAAAGGCUAUCAGAGGAAACCGCUACUGACACAGAGGAAAACAAAGAUAAAAGUUAGUUAAGCAGAGCACUCGUUCUGUUUAUUGAGACUGGAGGAGACACUGGGCUGCUGCAGUCCUGCUCCUCUUCAAACAAUGCUCAUGCCUGGACAGAGACAGACAGAAUAGACAGGAGAGCUGGAGUUAUUGUUUACGCUCACUAUACAGGACGACCCCAAUCACUCACUCCAAAUCUCUGUCCAUCUGCACACCAGCAUGGUCUUGGUACUUUGAGAAAGACUGCCAUGUAAGGACGUUUCAUCACCUCUCACUCCACCUGCUGCAUUCACAAAGCAGCAAACCUCCGUCACUAUCAAAACCAGGAUGGAUGGGAAAAAAAGCACCACAAGGUUUGAGGGUAAACUUAAGAGUGGAUCUACAAAACUUCCCCAGGUUGCAUUACAUUUCUUCAUGAAGUUUGAUGACGUUAGAGUCGAUAUUAACCAAUGGCAGUACAGCAUGAGUGGUCACAUGAUUUUAACUAAGGUAGCUAAACAGAUCUUUGACCUGACUUCCAAUUCGAUACGGCAUGCGUUAUAUGUGAUUUUAUGAUGUAGAAACCACUUUUGACAACAAUGGUGAGUGGGGUGAAAAACUUCUUCUGAUUGAAGUCCUGUACUGCUAGAGCAUGUGCAGAGAAUAUCAGUCAUCACGUGAGCCUGAAAUGAGACAUCUCAAAGAGGAACUAGCAAUGUUUACUGACUGAUGAAGGCAAAUACUAGUAAGGUAAAGGGUCUGAGGAUGGGCUGAUGAUGAUGUUGGUGGUGGUGUCUCUCCUCAUUCCUCCUCUCUUAAUAAACCACAUUAUUCGCUAUUUAAUGAAGCUACUGAAAGUGUUUUCUCUGGCUUGCGGCCAUGGGAAGACCGGACCUUUCGUAAUGUCGUCGGGUCGAGCUGAUGCCACAUGUUUCGGGCAGCUCGGCCCGAUCCAUCUUUCAGAUAUUCUUGGUUUUGAGAAUGAAGUUAAAUAGAUAAAAGCUUCAGUGCAGGAACUUGAUGAAGACCCUUAACCCGGUCCAUUUUAAAUGUAAUGUAUUGUACAGUUAUGACCGACACUGCAUCUCUUACAGAGACACUUUUCUUCUUUUGCGUUCUAAAGCAUUCAGUCAUGUAUUAUUUUAACAGAAACUACUAAAACAAAGAAGAAAAAUAAAAGACUGCAAGGUAUCCUUUAUUAAUGUAAUCUGUAUUUUUUUUAUUCUGUCUAGACGUCUAAGGUAUUUUAUUAUAUUAUUGAACAUUAAUAUGGUCUUGGCUUUCCGUUGAGAACAUGAAAUAUCUAUAAUAGACAAGAUUUUAUUAAAUUUGAAUGAACUGAUGUAUUGUUCAAAAUGGAAAGAAGAUAUUGCACAUUAUAUCUUCAUUUUAUCACAUUUACCUUUCGAGAAGAGUGGGAAGAAUAUUUGGUUUUGGAUUUAUGACCAAAAAGGAAAUCACAACAUCUGUAGCAAAAUGUAUUAAAUAAACUGGAAAUGCAAA